UCUACAACAUAUCCAACUUUCAGAGAACAUAUUGAAUCAGAAAAAUUCAACGCUCGCCGGAAAAUCAUCGGGAAAGCCUAUCCUCGACAUAUACUGCGUACACGCAUCAAUGAAUCAUCACUAAGCAGGUGCGUAAUUUUUUUGUAGUUUCGAACAAUUUUUCCGACGAUUUGAAACGAACAGACGGUGGGCCGAAAAUUUCCGGCGGCCGGAACCUGGCCGGGCCGAAAAUUUCCGGUGGCCGGAACCUGGCCGAGCCAAAAAAUUCCGGCGGCCGGAACCAGGCUGAGCCGCAAGAUAUUUUCGGCCCGGCCAGGUUCCAGCCACCGGAAAUUUUCGGCCCGGCCAGGUUCCGGCCGCCGGAAAUUUUCGGCCCGGCCAGGUUCCGGCCACCGGAAAUUUUCGGCCCACAGUCUGUUUUUGCAAUUUUUCGGAAAAAUUCGAUUUUAGGAGUUGAAUUUAGAGUUUAGGAGUUGAAUUUAGCGUGUAAGAAUUGAAUUUAGAGUUUAGGAGUUGAAUUUAGCGGUUAAGAAUUGAAAUUAGCGUUUAGGUUCACAGGAAUAUUGAUAUAUUAUAUUGUAAUUGUAGGAAAAAUGUCAGAGUUGUUACCGGCCGAUCAUGAUUACACACAGGAAUUUGAGAAUGGGAUCCAUUAUGCAAGUGUGGAGUUAGCUGAGUUAGCUGCAAGAACAAUCGCUCAGCAGUGUGGGUUCUUUAUUGUUAGAGGAUCAUGGAAACCGAAUACUGCUGGACAGAAUCCUGUUACUGCCCUCUGUAUGUAUUGCGACAGAAGUAGUAGGAUCGUUAAGUCUUAUAAACCAGACCCUACGAAGGAGACGCGUGGGAAUAUUAGUUCGAAGGGUACUGGUUGCCAGUUUCAGAUAUGUAUAAAGGAAGUAUGGCAAAAGGAUGGUCCAAACACAUGGGUCAUGGUGGGAGUGACAAGUCGUGAAACCGGAGCUAAUAGAGGGUUUCACAACCAUGAAAAGGUGUUGUAUCCAGAACAUCACCGACACAACAAACAGUUUAGUGAGGCUGAAAAAGAGAGGUUAAGAUUAAUGAGGAAGGCGGGGGUGAGACCAAAUCAGCAGAAGACGACACUCAAUACUGAAGGGGGUGUGCAUCAUGAUAUCAAACAGAUGUACAACAUAAAUUCCAAGACAAGAUUGGAUGAGAUGGGUGAAAUGGAUGCGAUACAGUUUGCGCUUCACGGAGCUGAACAUCGUGGGUACCAUAUCUGUUUGCAAAAGGACUCUAAUAAUGUGCUCACUAAUUUGUUUUUUGCGCACCCGACGUCCAUUCAGAUGUUGCAUGCAUGGCCGUACGUCAUCCUCAUUGACUCGACCUACAAGACCAACAGGUACGGCUGGCCAUGGGUUGAGAUUAUUGGGGUUACUCCAGUGAAGAAGAAUUUCAACAUUGCAUGUGCAAUUAUUAAGCAGGAAACAAAGGAAGCAUAUGAGUGGCUGCUGCGAUGUAUUAAAGGGUUGCUCGGUGAUACGGUUCCGAAUGUCAUUGUGACAGACAAAGAAGGUGGUUUGCUUGCUUCUAUUCCUGUGGUCUUCCCUCUCCCACAUACUGUCCACCUACUAUGUUUAUGGCACGUCAACAACUGUGUGAAGCAAAAGUUUGAAGUGUUACUUGGUGGAAUUGCAAAAAGAGAGGUAGCACAUGCGGUAUGGAAGAAAUAUUUCGACAAAGCUGCAUGGAGUUGGACUCAGGAGGGUUUUCUUCAAAAGAUUAAUGAGUUUGAGAGGGUCUGGACAGUGAAGAACAAAAAAAUGGUCGACUACGUGCGAGGUGAGUGGUUGUCUCAUCAGACAAUGUGGGCAAUGUGCUACACGAACCAUGUGUUUCAUCUUGGUAACACGAGCUCGAAUAGAGUUGAGUCAUCUCACUCUUCAUUCAAGACUUUCCUUGUGUCUGGUAGAGGAGCGAUCGACACUUGUUUUGCGAAGAACCACAACUACAUGGAACAUCAGUUUCUGGAAGUGGUGAAUGAACUGCACAAGUCACUGAACCGCAAUCUAAGUAGGGCAAUUGAGGCUCCGUGCACGUUUUUGAGGAGGGUCGUUAGUUCUGAGGCAAUCAAACUAAUGUUAGAUGGGGCGGCGGAGUUGAAGGACAGUUGUGCGUGUCAUUUUCAGAUGACACAUGGGCUCAAGUGUGCUUGUCAGAUUGUUCAAGCUAAGGAAGAAGGACGUCAAUUCUAUGCUCAAGAGUUGCAUGUAUUAACAUUAAUUGUUAAUUAAUCACAAAUUAAUUAAUUUUCUAUUAACUAAUGUACUAUUAAAAUUAAUUGUUAAUU